AUGUCGAUUUCGAACCCGCACGAUCAGGCGGCGGGGUCAACGGUGACGCCCUCCCUAGCAGCGAAGGAUAGAGGAGAGAAACAGCAGCAACAUGUCUCGUUGUCGUCGUCGUCCUGGGACGUCGCGGAUCGAGAGGUGGUGGUGGGGUCGGCCGCACCGUUCGUCGACAAGGUUGCCGAGAGGUCUUACGUACGGAAGCUGGAUCUUUAUCUCCUGCCGAUGAUGAGUCUGAGUAACCUGGGUAACGCCAAAACGGACGGCAUGGACAAGGAUCUGGGCUUCGUCGGCGAGCAGUACUCGUUGCUGAUCCUCCUGUUCUACGUCCCGAACGGGCUGUGCGACCUCCCGCUCAACAUGCUGACCAAGCGCUGGUCCGGGAAGGUGAUGCUGCCCGGAUUGAUGCUCGGCUGGGGCUCAUGCGCAUUGCUGCAAUGCGCUGCCACAAAUUUUGCCGGGAUGCUCGUACUACGGCUGUUUCUGGGCGCGUUCGAGGCAGGCUUCUUCGCCGGCGCCGUCUUCUACCUCACGCUCUUCUACACGCGCGGCGAGCUCGGCUUCCGCAUUGCCAUCUUCUUCGGCAGCGCCCUGCUGGCGGCGGCAUUCAGCGGCCUGAUAUCCUUUGGGGUGUUCCGGAUCCAGCAUGGCUCGAUCCAAGGAUGGAAGUGGCUGUUCAUCAUCGAAGGCGCCAUGACCGUCAUCAUCGCCCUCGUUUCCUUCUUCUGGCUCCCCGCCUCCUCCUCCACCGCAUGGUUCCUGACUCCGGCCGAAAAGGCGGCGGCGCUCGCCCGCUCCCGCCGGGACGCCGGGACGGGCGCGGCGGCCGAAGCGUACGACACGGGCGCCAUGUUCCGGCGGUGGCGGUCGUGGCAGUUCGCGCCGUGGUGCGCCAUCAGCUUCACGUACCCGGUGGCGUUCGCGACGACGUCCAACUUCCUGCCGCAGCUGGUGGCGCGCGUGGGGGGCGGCGGCAGCAGCAUGAGCGCCGUCGAGACGAACCUGCGGACGGUCGCGCCCAACGCCGCGGGCUUCUGCUUCCUGCUGGCGGUGGCGUGGUCGUCGGACCGGCUGCGCGAGCGCACGUUUCACAUCGUCUUCGCGCUCUGUGUCAGCCUGGCCGGGCUGGUGGUGCUCGCCGCCGUCGACGCCGCCCGACGCCCGGCCGUCGCCUACGCCGCCACCUUCCUGCUCGCCGCGGGCGCCUACAUCCCCUCCUGCCUCGUCCACUCGUGGCACAACAACAACAACCUGUCCGAGAACGCGCGCGCGGCGACGACGGGCCUGCUCGUCGGCCUGGGCAACCUGGGCGGCAUCCUGAGCGCCGCCACCUUCAGGACCGAGUACGCGCCCGCCUACGUGCCGACCCUGGUCGCCACGGCGUGUUGCAAUGUUACGUGCAUCGUCUUCACGCUGGGCCUGGGUGGCUGGAUGAAGUGGGAGAACAGGAGGAGGGAUCGCCUCAUGGGGUGUAGGCUGAGCGCCGGCGACGUCGACACGGCGGAGCUGGGCGAGCAAGGGGAGAAGGAUGUGAGGUGGAGGUAUUUUACGUAG